AUGAGGACUCAUGUAGACUCUGGGGCUUGCGCUGAGGCUCUCCACGCUCUCACUCGCCUGCACCAUGCAGGCCUUAAUGCCGUCCACAACUUCACAUUCCCAAUUGCACUUAAAGCUUGUGCUUCUCUCAAAGCCUUGAAACAGGGCCAGCAGAUCCAUGCCCUCGUCCUAAUCCUGGGUUUCCAAUGGAACAUCUACUCAGGCAACGCUCUCAUCUCUAUGUACUAUAGUUGUGGCAAUACUCAAGCAGCAGCUAGAGUGUUCGACCAUAUGCCCCAAAGAAAUACCGUUACUUGGAAUUCUAUAAUGAAUGGCUGCAUCCACAAUGGCCAUGCCCAUGAAUCUUUCUCCUACUUUCGUAGGAUGAUAAUGGCAAAAUCGUUGCUUUCGUCGUCCCUCGAGCAGUGGCCUGACUCGGUCACUAUGUGCACGAUCCUAAACGCUCAUGCCCAUCUUGGACCCGUCGCUCUUCGUAGCGGCUGGGCUGUUCAUGGGUACAUUACUAGACAAGGACAUCGAAUUGUUACGAAACCAGAUACAACGAGACCAUUUGUAAAAAAUGCUCUGAUCCACAUGUAUAUUGAGUCGUUAUGUUUGACAUAUGCAGAAAAAGUUUUCCAAGGGAUGGCUGCAGAAGAGAGGGAUGUGGUUACUUGGACCACAAUGAUUUCUGGGUAUCUGCAUUACAAACUGGAAAGUCGAGCGCUAGCGACAUUCCAAUCCAUGUUGUCGGAACACCAUGGAAAUGCAAGCCUUGAUGCGGUCACUGUGGCUGCGGUAAUUCCGGCUCUUCGGUCUCUUCAGCAGGGGAAAGAGAUCCAUUGUUUUGCAAUCAAGAAUGGUCAUGGCAGGCAUAAUAUGUUUGUUAUCUCGUCUUUGCUUAAAAUGUAUGUUGAAUAUGGCGCCAUUGAGUAUGCCACCAAGAUUUUCCAAAGAAUUAAGGAGAAAAAUGUCGUGGUAUGGACUGCCAUGAUCAUGGGUUAUGCCAAGCAUGGCUUGAGUGAGGACUGCUUGAGACUGUUCGAUGAGAUGCGGCUGCAAGCAGGCGUGAUGCCAAACGAACUAACCUUCAUGGGUGUCCUUACUGCAUGCAGCCAUGCUGGCCUUGUUGAAAAAGCUCAAGAAUGCUUCAAGUGCAUGACCCAAGAGUAUGGGUUGAUGCCUGAUUUGCAUCAUUAUGCAGCCAUGGUUGACGUGCUUGGUCGAGCUGGAAGGCUGAGGGAGGCUCUGGAUCUCAUUGAGGCCAUGCCAAUGGAGCCAAGCUCACCCGUUUGGGGGUCUUUGCUAGCUUAUUGUGGCCUUCACCAAGAUAUGGACUUGGGACAAGAGAUAGCCAAGAUUGUGUUGAGCAUGGAACCAGAUAACCCGGGGAAUUUUGUGCUGCUGUCCAACAUGUUGGCCCAGGAGCAGAGAUGGGAUGAUGCUAGCAUGGUCAGAGAGACCAUGAAAUGCCUUGGGCUGAAGAAGGUGCCUGGUUGCAGUUUGGAACACAACCAUUAA